CUAGCCUCCUUGCAUAGUCCUCUCGACUCUCUCGCCUCAUCUCACUCUCGGUCGCCUCUCAGCUGAGCUCUCGCCUCCGACCAUCCAUCGCAGCAUCACAGUAGUAGCCUCGCCUCCGGACCUCCCUCGCAGUCACUGCCUCCCAUCCGGCCCUCCCUCGUGGCCUAGCCUCCCUUUCUCGCCCUCAUCUCAGUAAAAGUUCUAGAAGAGAGAGAUCACCCAGCUAAGUGCGAAGUGAACUCCUAUGGUGAACUCAGGAGGUGAGUACCAGGUGUUCCUCAAUUUUUGUGGGCCCGAUACUCGUCGUGGAUUCACCAACAGCCUCUACUACGCCUUGAAAGAUGCUGGGAUUCAUGUUUUCAUCGAUGACAAAGAGCUUCCACGAGGUGAAAAAUUUAGUGACAAUCUUUGCAAGCGAUCGAUGACUCCAAACUCUACAUAACCAUCUUCUCCCCAAACUACGCUUCACAUCACUGGUGCCUCCGUGAGCUUGCGAAGAUGGUGGAGAAUAUCUCUAAACCUGAAGAAGAUGGGAAUAAGAAGGUGAUAUUGCCCAUCUUUUAUAACGUGAAACCUGAUGAUGUGAAACUGAAAACAGAUUUGUACAGUAAGGCCAUAUCAGAGUUGGAGCAAAAGAUGGAGGAUCAGAAGAAGAAGUUCGGAACAGAGGAAGUAGAGACGUGGAGACAGGCUCUCAAGGAAGUCGAUGCCAUCCAGGGAUUGGAGCUGGAGAAAUAUGAAGGCGAUGGGGAUCUAAGCAAGUCGGUUGUUGAAGAGGUUGUGAAUAGGCUCCAGACAAGACACAGAAAAGUGACUGAAAGAUUUAGUUGGAAUGGAGGAACGAAUAGCAGCCAUAAACAAUUUAUUAGACAUUGGCUCCGGUGGUGUGCGGCUUAUUGGAAUUUAUGGGAUGGGUGGCAUCGGUAAAACAACACUUGUCAAGGUUAUCUACAAUCAACUAUGUCCAUACUUUGGGAAAAAUUGCAGCUUUCUUGAUGAUGCAAGAGAAACGGUAAAAACCAAGGGCUUGGUGGAGCUGCAAAAACGAUUAUUGGUUGAUCUCUCUAAUUCUGGAGUGGCUAGUGAUAUUCGAAAUAUUGAUCAUGGGAUCAAUAGGAUUGGAGACACAAUUUGCAGCAAGAAGGUACUAAUUGUAUUGGAUGAUGUGGAUGAGGGUGACCAAAUAGAAAAUCUAGUCGGAGUGAAUUCU